ACGGUUCAAUGAUUUGAUCACGUCUUUUCAAAAUUCGUGACCGUGUGAUCCUUUAGAAUAGAAUCAGUCAAAUACAGUUAUGCCACACCCAAAACAAAUCCCUUUCUUCGCUUACCAGGAAAAAUCUCAGGAAGGUUAGGUAUCGCCCAUCCAGAAUCUUCCAGGCUGUUGAUUUUGAGAGUUUUUGGAUAAAGAGAAUGGAAAGUGGAUUUGCGGAAUCGACAAGUGUGCCCCCAGAAAGGUCGUCUUACUCGAGCAAUAAUGGCAAUGAUGCUGGUGAUUUUGAAUGCAAUAUUUGCUUUGAAUUAGCUCGAGACCCGAUUGUAACUCUUUGUGGUCAUCUCUAUUGUUGGCCUUGUCUGUACCAAUGGUUACACCUCCACUCGCAUUCCCAUGAAUGCCCAGUUUGCAAGGCCAUCAUACAAGAGGAGAAACUGGUUCCUCUUUAUGGUAGAGGGAAUUCACAGUCUGACCCUCGAUCUAAAUCGUAUCCGGGGAUUGAUAUUCCCACUCGCCCAUCUGGACAAAGGCCGGAAACUGCCCCUCCUCCGGAUGCCAAUAAUUCACCCAAUUUUGGGUUCGGGAUGGCGGGAGGAUAUAUGCCAACGGCCGCUAUAAGGAGUGGUAACUUUACUUUUUCAACUGCUUUUGGCGGUCUGUCUCAUUUCCCGUCUUUUUUUAAUGUCCAGUUUCAAGGGUUCCCAGAUGCUACUGUCUAUGGAACAACAUCUGGAUUUCCGUAUGGAUUUCAUGGUUUUCACGGCCACCAUGCACACCGGUUCCCUCCAGCUACUAUUCGAGGGCAGCGGGCCGAUAAUGUUUUGAAAAAUCUCUUCUUUUUUAUCGGUUUUUUGGUGGUAAUCGCCCUGCUCUGGUGGUAAAUCAACGAUUUGCCCUUUGAACUUCAACUGAUAUUUAGUCCUUUCGAAUUGUCUUUGUUGUAUCUGUGCAUAUACGUAAUCUGGGUUAGUUAUACUUAGGUAAAUUCUAUAAUGCUUAAAGUUUUUUUGAAGGAUUCUUACGUUUCCACAAGAACCUGCAGUCAUGGAGCAUGAUUAAUUAUAUAUGGAUGUAGGUUUUCCAACUAUUCUAUGACUUGUUAUCUAAUCUCAAAGGAGGUACUGUUCUUUUUUUUGUUUUUUUAA